AUGAGGGGCGGAUCCAGACCGGCCCCGGUCGCCCUGUUUCUCCUCGCUGCCUCCGGGAUCUGCGCCCAGUUCACCGCAGUGCUAGCUGGUGAUCCUCAAACAUCCAACGAUGAUAAGAAAGCUGAAGCUCAGCCGAAGGGCCAUACUGGCAAAACAGUUUUGUUCGUCCUCCUAGGAGUGGGGUCUGUCAUUCUGUUGUCAUUUUUCAUUUUCAAGUAUUGGCAGAAGAAGAAAAGGGAGGAACAACAUGCACGUCUGCUAAAGCUAUUUGAAGAGGAUGAUGACAUUGAGGUUGAGCUUGGUCUUAGAGAUUGA